AUGCCUAGUGCUGAUCCAAACGCUUCCUCCAGGAUCCCAGCGGCGCACCUCGGAGGCUUCGGGACUCCGGGAGCCUCGUUCAGUUAUUCCUAUUCCAAUGGGUUCCUCCGAGACGCCUCCCCAUCACAGCAUACGAAUACUCAGGCGUCUCGUAGGACCUAUGCCGCCCUUGGUUAUGACGUGCCCCGUGUAUCGCCAUUCCCCGACAUGUCUGGCGUCCCCCCUGCAGGGAACGCACAGUUCAUGAUCCAUGAUCCUUAUUCUAUGGCAUCGACCCUGCAGACUGGUCAGGUCACCGAUCAUCCGCCUUAUGAUCACCAGAUGACCGUGCCCCGCCCGCAUAGGCCAUGCCCCUCCCGAAGUGCCCUGGCCUCACUGAUCGCCAGGGAGUUCCAACGUUUCCUGGAUCGGGAGAAGAAUGAAGGGCGCGUGCUUAGGUACCUUGGGAAGGAGGUUACCUUGCAGAAUCUGGCUUUGCUCGAAGUCAAGCACGUCUCUCGCGCGAGCGUUCAACCGGUCAUCUGUCUCGUCGGCCUGUGA